GCGGCGGCCAUCUAUUAUCCGGAAAGAAAAAUAGGCCGCACCUUGUCCGCUUUGCCUCUUCUUCAACCUUCCGCUGCUGGUUCCAGAGGAAGGAGUGCGAGCAGACGGCAGCCGGAUGGCGGCAGCGGCGCGGCCAUCGAAUGCCACUCUCCUCGCGCGCCUCCGGGACGGCACGGCCAUGUUCGAGCUCCUCGACGACUCUUCGCUUGCGCAUGCGCCCCCGUCCUGGCCCCGACUUCACUGCUUCGCCAGGGUUGCCUCCUCGCUGAGGGGUGGGUGGUCGGCGGCGCUGACCAAGGUGGAGCAUUACGGGGUUCAGAGGGUCACCGGCGAUGGCCGUUGCAUGUUUCGAGCGUUGGCUAAAGGAAUGGCGAAAAAUAAGGGGAUUCCUUUGGCCCCAAGGGAGGAGGUACAGGAUGCAGAUGAUUUACGGAUGGCAGUGAAAGAAAUUAUAUGCGACAGCGAGACCGAGCGGCAGGAGUAUGAAGAAGCAGUUAUAGCAAUUACUGUGGAGCAAUCAUUGAAACGCUACUGCCAAAGGAUAAGGCGGCCUGAUUUCUGGGGUGGAGAGUCAGAAUUCCUGGUUUUGUCUAGACUGUGUCGGCAGCCAAUAAUUAUUUAUAUUCCAGAGCGUGAGUACCAUGGUCGGGGUAAUGGCUUCAUUCCUAUAGCUGAAUAUGGUUUGGAAUUCACCAAAAAUACAAAGCAGUGGAAGAAAAAGACACCAGUAAGAUUAUUAUACAGCGGGAGGAACCAUUAUGAUUUGCUAGUGUGACAUAACUGCAGAACUAUCUACUUUUUAUUGUCCGUCAUCAUACCAUGGUUGUAUUAUCAUUCUUUUUAUACCUGUGUUUGUGCCCUGCUUUUAGCUACCAGUGGAAUUGGUUCAGUUAUCAAAAUAUCAAUUUGGAAAUAUAUAUUGCAUGCUUUGAUCGUGCAUACUUUUCACUCA